AUGAGAAGUCCAUUGUUCUUGCCUAAUCUUGCGGCGGUGUCCGCUGGAUCUCCCAAGUUGGACCGCAUCUUUAUUGCAAACCGCGGCGAGAUCUGUUGCCGCAUUAUCAGCACCUAUCGUCUUCUCGGACUAACGUCAAUCACUGUUUACACGGACGAAGAUGCAGGAUCCUUACACGUUCUCGAGGCGGACGAGGCCAUUCGCAUUCCCCCCAGAGACUCGUCUCAGGGAAGUCCUUUUUUGGACAUCGACCUGCUUCUGCGUCUUGCAAAACAAGCCAAAGCCGACGCUGUUCAUCCCGGAUAUGGUUAUCUGAGCGAGAAUACGGAGUUCGCAACCGCAAUACGGGAAGCCAGUAUUGUCUUUAUAGGUCCCACCGCCCAAGCGAUCUCAACACUUGGGAACAAGCGUCAAUCCAAAGAAUUCUUGGCAAAGAACGGCCCAGGCAUACCUCUUAUUCCAGGCUACUCCGGCACCAGUCAAGAAGUGGAGGAGCUGAGACAUGCGGCAGAUGCUAUUGGGUACCCACUUCUACUGAAGGCCUCUGCCGGGGGAGGGGGCAAGGGAAUUCGAAUCUAUAUCGAGGCCGGAAAGCAUGUCGAAGUUCAGAUAAUUGGUGAUCAGCAUGGCAACGUCAUUUCAUUGUUUGAGAGAGAUUGUUCCGUCCAGCGCCGACAUCAGAAGAUCAUCGAGGAGGCACCCUGCUCAUGGCUAUCAGAAAAGAUGCGAAAGGCCAUGUGCGACACGGCGUUCAACUCACGGAUUCAAGUCGAGCAUCCCAUCACCGAAGAAGUGACAGGCUUCGAUAUUGUUGCGCUUCAGCUCUUCGUUGCCUCUGGUGGAAACCUCAAAACACUUCCCUUUGAUGACAUGUCCAUUACCGGUCAUUCUAUCGAAUGUCGACUUUAUGCAGAGGAUCCCCAACGUCAAUUCCUCCCUGAACUGGGGAUCAUUCAUGCUUGGAGACCUGCGGAUCCCAGUCUAGUGCCGCAUGGAAGAGUACGGUUCGAAACUGCCGUUGCCAGUGGCACCAACAUCACCAUGUCUUUCGACCCGAUGAUUGCCAAGAUCAUCGUUUGGGGACCUGAUCGAGCUCACGCUAUCCAAGGUAUGAUUUCCGUCCUAUCUCAUUCUCUCUGUGUGGGUUUGAAGACGAAUCAGCUCUUUUUGCAGAGUUGUUUGCUUCAUCCCGAUUUCCGAAACCCCGCCUACACCACAUCUUUCAUCGAGCGCAGGCUCGAGAAACUGCUGAAGCAUCCAAUCCGUGGGCCACUUGAGGAACUUCGUAAACAUAUCACGGCUGUUCCAGCAGCAUACCUCUGGAAUCAGGCGGCUGCGAGCCGCAGACAUGAUCAUCACUUCGGACGCAUUGGGACACGCUUCCGCAACCAGGACCAGGACAAAGCCAACAACUUCAGUCAUAUUCUUACCGUCGACAUUCAGAAACCCAUUUCUACCGACGUAACUUUCGAGCAGGUUGUACUGUCUACUUGGCUUCCACGCCAGGGACAAAGAAAUCUUGAGCACAGGCUGCAUCAGAUAGCACUUGACUCCAUUCUCGACAAGGUUCGCAGUGGUACCGAGUACGAGCAGGGAACUAGUCCAAAACGCCUUGCAGCUAUAUAUAAUUCUAUCACAAAUCUGAAGAAAGCAGAUUCUCUGACGAAAGUUCCCCAUGUCAAUAUCGAGAUCAAGUCGCUGGGCAGUACCGGUAACCAGACGGAUGUUGUUUUAGAUCUGAACAACCAACGGUUCAGAGGCACUCUGGUAUUUCCUGAUGGUCAGAUCAUUGAUUCUCCGAUUGCGAACCAGCAACCGCAUCGCAUCUUGUUCCACUCGUCCGUGCUGGGUACAUGGAUCGCGUUCAAGUCAUUCGACACGCUGACGUAUAUUGAAAGCUUGCGGGUGUCAACUGUCGCUGACGCUGCCGCUGAUCACAGCACUGUUGUCCUUGCCCCGAUGCCAUGUAAGGUGUUGCGGCUUCUCCAACAGACAGGUGAUGUUGUGCGUGCUGGUCAGAAGGUCCUCGUUAUUGAAAGUAUGAAGAUGGAAAUGACCAUCGCCGCUAAUGGCGAUGGUCAAUUGAACUAUAAAGUGCAAGAGGGACAAGCCUUAGCUGAGGGGGAGAUACGCACUCAUGAGAAAUCUUUGAAUCAAGCUUGGAUGGAAUACUGGGAUUUGGGUGAUGUAGCCUGGCUUGAGCUUGUUCUACAGUAA